AUGGCAUCGGUCAGAACGGAAUCGGGUCUAUAUGUCUACGUUGAGCCGAAAGAAAGAUGGGUUUCUCGACGCACUGUUUUUCAAUCCACAAUAGCUGCUAGUGUUUCGAUUGUCUCGAUGUCGGGACAGUUCGUGCUGGCCGACGAGGUUGAAGAAUCUUCCGUUCUGCCUCAAACGACGACCCGCCCUUACGCACCGACUGAAUUUCUAAUGCCUGCAGUUCGAGUCCAACACGUGAUCGAACGAGCUUACGACUUGGCCACAUCGCUCCAAGUACCAAGUUCGCCUGAUCCGCAAGCAGCUUUGACCGAACUCGAAUUUCUGUUGUUGACACCCCAAAACUACACCAGCUCUGUUCUAAACACCAUUGCAAUUCAACCCGCUCCGCAAUACAUCGAAAGCUAUAAACGAAAGCGACAAGAACUUUCGUUGCUGGAACAGCCGGGAGCGGCCAUGGUACAGAAUGGAGAGAUUGACACCUGGAAACGCCUCAAAAGACAAGAGCGGGCUCGAGAAAACACGGAUGAAAUCAGGGCAGCCCUCAACGUUUAUACAGCCAACCUAAAUUUCAAUGCCGACUCAUAUAUUUUCAACGAAUCCAAGGCACUCAAAUCGAAACUCAUUCGGGAAGACAAACUUCCCGACGUCAAGACUGUUAUCGCAUCCGAUAUGGGGAUGCGUUAUCUGUACCGCAAUCAAGUCUUGACGGCAAUGGAUGAAGCGCGAGCAGAAUUGCGCUACCAGUUGACGCUGUCUUCAAAUGCGAUGGAUGUGGCUGAUUUGGUGGAGUUGCUAGAAAAGGCACGGAACGCGUUGGACACUUGGCUUUCACUUAUUGAUCCUCCUGACCUUCGUGAAGCACAACAUGCACUAGCGAUGGCUACAUAA